AUUUAACAGAAACAACUUACGGAUUGGGCUAACCUGAAGUAAGGAGUGUGCCAUAUUAUCUCCGUAUUUUCUUGGUAAAGAAACAGCAGAUCUAGCACAUAUUUACUAGUCCUGUCCUAGUCGUUGUUCCAAUAAAUGAUCAAAAUUUUAUGACAAUAGGCUGAGACAUAGUGGUAGACUGCUUGUAGACGAGAUUAUCCAAGACAGAUGAGUUCCAAGUCUGGUUGGACAAUAGUUAUCAUUUGGCUGUAUUUCGGGACAUCACAGGUUAACACUUGUGGCAAAUUUCAGUUCGAGGACAACACAAGACGUUGUCGUCCGUGUCGAAAGUGCCGCAAAAAUAUAGAUGAAGUCAUUAAACUGGGGCUCCAUGUAGACAAGUGUAUAGACACUGCCAACCCCACACCAGAGUGGUUAGAUGGUAUUUAUUAUUGCCAAGGUAUCCAUGAUUCUUGGCCAGAAUGUAAAGAGUGGAAUCCACAAAAUGGCCACCUUUCAUGCAGUAAUGGCAUGAGGAUUGACACCAAUUGUAGAUUACAUUGUAUUAAAGAUUAUUAUCCGUCCUUGAAUGAAUCUGUCACAUGCACAGGGGAUUUAGAAUGGAACAAACCUGUACCGUAUUGUGUACAUAUUAAUGAUUCCAUCACCACCACACCCAAACCAGAAUGCCCCGUUUGGUCACCUAGUCAUGGAUAUAUCAACUGUACAAAUAGUAGAGAUGUUGGUAGUGUAUGUACCUUAUCUUGUAACGAAGGAUUUGAUCCGUCCCAUAACCAAGGUAUAACCUGCUCAAAACAACUCCAAUGGGAUGGCCAGCUGCCAUUAUGUGUUCCCGAGCCAACUACCACAACGCCAAGACCAACGUGCCAGCCAUUGGAGGUUCUCAAUGGAACUCUGUAUUGUUUAGAAGACAGUUUUAGUGGUAGUGAGUGUACUGUUAUAUGUAAUGAAGGGUUUACAUUGUCUGUGAAUACCACUGUUAUCUGUACAGACAAUUUGAUUUGGAGCGAUGUCCCACCAUCUUGUGAUGAAAUUCAGAAAUCACCUACACCAAUUCCAAGAUGCAAUGACAUAGCAGUGGAAAAUGGAACUGUUUCAUGUACCAUGGACUUUGAUGUAGGUAGCUAUUGUAACGUCACAUGUUCCAAAGGGUUUAAUGCUACAAGCUAUGAGCCCUUGUGCUGUAGACCAAACCAAACAUGGAGCAACCCCCUGCCACUAUGUGUUUCUUCUGUACCAGUUUACCCUAUCACGAGUAGGCCUACUCAAGACAGUUUCAUUUGGUUUAUUGUUUGUGCAGUAUUUGGGGCAGCAUUGGUCGUUAUUGUUGUAUUAGCUUUGUGCAGUCUUUAUAGAAAUAGGAAAAACAACAAUAUUUGGCAGAUACGUAGGUCCUCUGAUUCUGAUCAAAUAGAAUUGUCGGAGUCAUUAAGAUUCCCUGAAGAUUCCGACUGUGAGUCAUGUGGAAAAUACUGCGUAUGUUUGAUGCCUAAAACAACUUCGAAAGUGAGCGAUGCCGAACAAGGUCAGGGAAACCACAAAUUCGUGAGUUGGUCAGAUUACCACAUUGGAGGUUCAUUGGAUCAACCAAUUGACAAACCUGGAGGUUCAUCAGAUGAACCAAUCAACCAUGCUGGAGGUUCAUCAGAUGAACCAAUCAACCAUGCUGCAGGUUCAUCAGAUGAACCAAUCAACCAUGCUGGAGGUUCAUCAAAUGAACCAAUCAACCAUGCUGGAGGUUCAUCAGAUGAACCAAUCAAUAGAGCUAGAGGUCCAUCAAAUGAACCAAUCAACCAUGCUGGAGGUUCAUCAGAUGAACCAAUCAGUAGAGCUGGGAGUUCAUCAGAUACUGGCAGAAACUUUCAAAUUUCUGAAGAAUUGGCAUCAGCUGAGGCUCUGAAAUCAAUCAGUUAUGAGGACAUGAUGGAACUUACAAAGUUAUUUGACCGAAGUUCAUUGCCUGACAAGUUCAAUUGGAAAAUGCUGGCUUCCAUAGUUUUAAAGUUAAAUUGCCAUGAAAUAGAACACAUUGAAUAUAAACAUAAGGAGAACGAAACUGGCCCAACACAGAAAAUUUUUAGAAGGAUGGGAACAGAGGGUAAAACACUGUUUAAAGUUAUUAACGUCUUGGAGAGUUAUGAUACACACAGCAAUGUUAAGGAAGCCUUGAAGAUUCUAUACAAGUAUUGUGAUGACCAGAUAGUCAUAUAAGUUGUCAGAUACAGUGAAGUCUUGUUGCUAAUAUUUGCACAUAAUAUCGUGGCUCAAAUUUUGACACUUCUACUGACUGGCUCCGUUAAAAAAUUCCUGUUUCUGAGACUAAGGUACGAUUGGUAAAAAAAAAUGGCUCACUGUCCCUUUAAAGUGUUUAAAAUACAACUAUUAUUGAAGGUUGAAAAAUAAAAUACAGACAGUUGAAAAAUUGAAUACUCCAAACAUACAAUCUCAUUCAACAAAACUCUGAAACAAUUUUGAACGUUAAUGCUGAUUGGCUUAGCUUAAAAAUUUUCAGAAACUAUGAUUGGUAAAAAAAAAAAUGGCAUACCAUUUACAAGAUUUGAUAUUUUUAAUCAACUUUCACUUGAAAAUUUACAUUAUGAAUUGUUCAAAUAUUUUCAAAUAUUUGAUGUAUAUAGAUUUAGCUGUUUUUUUUAAUUGAUUUAUCAUAUAUUAUCUCUUUUAAAUAUUGUAAUUAUUGACUUGUAGGCUUUCUACUUUUUUUCUACUUUUUUUUCUACUUUUUUUUCUACUUUUUUUUUACUUUUUCUAAAAUAUGUCUUAAAAAUGUCUAAUAUUUGUGAUGUGUGUAUUAAAUCACCAAAACUU